AUUCCGCUCAGAACCGAAAGCGCGUUUUGUCCUUUCUAUUCAGCUGAUGGUGUUUAUUGAGCUGCGCGCUGAUAUAGACACCCGCAGAUCGUUGGUGCCUGCACGGAAUUGCUUUCUGUUGAACCGUGUGGCUUUUGGAUCGGACUUGCUCCUCCGCCAUGUUGAACUGAAUCAAGUUGUGACUGGGACCGAAGUGACAAGCCCCAGGACUCGAUCUCGAUCAAGUCAGGGGGCUGUUACCGCGCCGGUGACGCAGGAAAAACACCCAGAAGCAGAGGGAAUCGUGGGGAAUAGAGCCUUCUUGUGGCAGCGCUUUAUUCCUGAUAAACUGUCACAGAUAUAGGCCACGUUUAUGUAAUAUACGACGACACCACCGUUGAAGGCUGGACGAACCCGUCAGCAGAGGGGAAGUCAGAUCAGAUUCCUGGUUAUGCAAUGGUCUCUGCGGCACAUCCAGAUCCUCAGGUGCUUGCGUCCCUCUCUCUUGUGUUCGGGCUCUCUUCCCUCUGCUCUACAGCUGAGGUGGCUGUGAUUUCCCUCCUGGUCAGUGCUCCCUAAGAGGCCAAGAUUGCCAAGAUCUGCCCUGUGGCGAGCAUGACGGCCACCACGCGUGGCUCUCCAGUGGGGGGCAAUGACAGUCAGGGCCAGGGGCAGGCUCCUGAUGCUCAAAGCCAACCUCCAUUGCCACAGAACCAGACCUCAUCCCCAAACUCAUCUAAUGAGAACUCUCCAGUGAGCCCGCCAGAUGAAUCUGGCCAAGGGGAGGGGACUCAUCAGCUGGAAGAGGAGGAGCCCGCCUUCCCUCACACUGACCUAGCCAAGCUAGAUGAUAUGAUCAAUAGGCCUCGAUGGGUUGUCCCAGUUUUGCCAAAAGGGGAGUUGGAACUUCUCUUGGAAGCAGCUAUAGAUCUGAGCAAAAAAGGACUGGAUGUGAAGUGUGAGGCAUGUCAGCGGUUUUUCCGGGACGGUCUGACCAUCUCAUUUACAAAGAUCCUGACCGAUGAAGCCGUUAGUGGUUGGAAGUUUGAAAUUCAUAGGUGUAUCAUAAAUAACACACAUCGGUUGGUGGAGCUGUGUGUUGCCAAGCUGUCACAGGACUGGUUCCCCCUAUUGGAGUUGCUGGCUAUGGCCACCAAUCCCCAGUGCAAGUUCCACAUCUACAACGGCACAAGGCCCUCUGAGACAGUACCUGCUGGAACACAGUUGGCUGACGAUGAGCUAUACGCCAGGCCACCAGAUCCUCGCUCGCCAAAGGGCUGGCUGGUGGACUUGAUCAACAAAUUUGGCACGUUAAACGGGUUUCAAAUGUUGCACGAUCGCUUCAUGAGUGGCCAAGCACUGAACGUCCAGAUCAUCGCUGCACUUAUCAAGCCUUUUGGCCAGUGUUAUGAGUUCCUCACCUUGCACACAGUAAAGAAGUACUUCCUCCCAGUCAUCGAAAUGGUCCCCCAGUUUCUAGAGAACCUCACAGAUGAGGAGCUGAAGAAAGAGGCCAAGAAUGAAGCCAAAAACGACGCACUGUCCAUGAUAAUCAAGUCUCUGAAGAACCUGGCUUCUCGUGUGCCAGGGCAGGAGGAGACUGUGAAGAAUUUAGAAAUUUUUAGGUUAAAAAUGAUUCUUAGGUUAUUGCAAAUUUCUUCUUUUAACGGCAAAAUGAAUGCACUAAAUGAAGUAAAUAAAGUGAUCUCCAGUGUGUCCUACUACACGCACCGGCAUAACCCUGAAGAGGAGGAGUGGCUAACUGCAGAGCGCAUGGCGGAGUGGAUCCAGCAGAACCACAUCCUCUCCAUCGUCCUGAGGGACAGUCUGCAUCAGCCGCAGUACGUCGAGAAACUGGAGAAAAUCCUUCGCUUCGUUAUCAAAGAAAAAGCUCUUACAAUGCAGGAUCUUGACAACAUCUGGGCUGCCCAGGCUGGCAAGCACGAAGCCAUUGUGAAGAAUGUCCAUGACCUCUUGGCCAAACUGGCUUGGGAUUUCUCUCCUGAACAGCUUGAUCAUCUUUUCGACUGUUUCAAAGCAAGCUGGACCAAUGCCAGUAAGAAGCAGCGUGAAAAACUUCUGGAACUCAUCCGGCGCUUGGCUGAGGAUGAUAAGGACGGAGUGAUGGCCCACAAGGUCCUCAACCUGCUGUGGAACUUGGCACACAGUGACGACGUGCCUGUAGACAUCAUGGACCAAGCACUUAGUGCUCACAUUAAAAUCCUUGAUUACAGUUGCUCACAAGAUAGAGACACUCAAAAGAUCCAGUGGAUAGACCGUUUCAUUGAGGAGCUGCGAACCAACGACAAGUGGGUGAUCCCAGCCCUGAAGCAAAUCAGAGAAAUCUGUAGCCUCUUUGGAGAAGCGCCCCAAAACCUCAGAAAGAAAAUGCCAAUUAACAUGCAAACGAACUUAGCUGGCCAAUCCCAGAGAAGUCCUCAUGUGUUUUACCGUCAUGACCUGAUCAAUCAGCUGCAAAAUAACCAUUCCCUGGUUACGCUGGUAGCUGAGAACCUCUCUGCCUACAUGGAGACGAUGAGGCAGUUUUCCAAAGAAGAGCAGGCAGAGUUUGACCCGCAAACGGUCAGACCAGGAAGCCGCUACAGUCAUGUCCAGGAAGUGCAAGAGCGACUCAACUUCCUGAGGUUCCUCCUAAAAGAUGGCCAGCUAUGGCUGUGUGCCCCUCAGGCCAAGCAGAUCUGGAAGUGCCUGGCGGAGAAUGCCGUCUUUCUCUGUGACCGUGAGGCCUGCUUCAAAUGGUACUCCAAACUGAUGGGGGACGAGCCGGACCUGGAUCCAGAUAUCAAUAAAGACUUUUUUGAGAACAACGUCCUCCAGUUGGACCCGUCUUUACUGACUGAAAAUGGCAUGAAGUGCUUUGAGAGAUUCUUCAAAGCGGUCAACUGCAGGGAGGGCAAGUUGGUGGCUAAGCGCAGGGCCUACAUGAUGGAUGACCUGGAACUAAUAGGCUUGGACUACCUCUGGAGGGUGGUCAUUCAGGGAAGUGAUGACAUUGCCAGUCGCGCCAUAGACCUGCUGAAAGAGAUCUACACCAAUCUCGGACCAAAACUACAAGUCAAUCAGGUGGAAAUACACGAAGAUUUCAUCCAGUCAUGUUUUGACCGUCUGAAAGCUUCCUAUGACACGUUGUGCGUGUUGGAUGGAGACAAGGACAGCAUCAACUGUGCUCGUCAGGAGGCCAUUCGGAUGGUGCGAGUUCUCACUGUGCUGAAAGAAUACAUUAAUGAGUGUGACAGUGACUAUCACGAGGAAAGGACCAUCUUACCCAUGUCCAGAGCCUUCAGGGGAAAGCAUAUCACUUUGAUCAUUAGAUUCCCCAACCAGGGUCGGCAGGUGGACGACCUAGAUAUCUGGUCUCACACCAACGACACAAUUGGCUCAGUGCGACGCGGGAUCCUGAACCGGAUCAAGGCGAACGCUGCACAUACAAAGAUUGAGCUUUUCAUUGGAGGAGAAGUGGUGGACCCUGCUGAUGACAGAAAGCUCAUCGGACAGCUCAAUUUGAAGGACAAAACGCUUAUCACAGCCAAACUGACCCAGGUGGGUGCCAAUAUGCCCUCAAGCCCUGACAGCUCUUCUGACUCUUCCACUGGCUCCCCUGGUAACCAUGGCAACCACUAUAGCGAUGGCCCAAACCCUGAGGUGGAAAGCUGUCUUCCUGGCGUGAUUAUGUCCCUGCAUCUCCGCUACAUCUCCUUCCUGUGGCAGGUAGCCGAUCUGGGCUGCAACCUUAACAUGCCACUGCUCAGAGACGGAGCCCGGGUUCUCAUGAAACUAAUGCCUCCAGACAACAGUACAGUAGAAAAUCUGCGAGCUGUGUGUCUAGACCAUGCCAAGCUGGGAGAGAACAGCCUCAGUCCGUCACUGGACUCACGUUUCUUCGGGCCUCCACCCUCACAAGUGCUCUACCUUAUCGAGGUGGUGUAUGCUUUGCUGAUGCCAGCCAGUGCCACGAUGGGUGAAGACGCCAGUGACUUCCAGUACAACUUUCUGAAGAGCGGUGGGCUCCCAUUGGUGCUGAGCAUGUUGACCAGGAACAACUUCCUCCCCUCAGCAGACAUGGAAACUCGGCGAGGAGCGUACCUCAAUGCGUUGAAGAUCGCCAAACUCCUCCUGACUGCCGUAGGCUUCGGGCACGUGAAGGUGGUGGCGGAGGCCUGCCAGCCAAACGCUGAUGGAAAUAUUCCUGUCUCGCCGAUUAAUCAGGCCACCCAUGACCAAGCUCUGGUCCUUCAGAGUGCCCUUCAAAAUAUCCCGAAUCCUGCCUCAGAAUGUAUGCUGCGCAACGUAGCCAUCCGUCUGGCACAGCAGAUCUCAGAUGAGAACUUCUUCCAGGCAUCCAAGUACAUCCCUGACAUCUGUGUGAUCCGAGCGGUACAGAAAAUUGUCUGGGCGUCAGGAUGUGGUACUGUGCAGCUUGUCUUCAGUUCUAAUGAAGAUAUUAGCAAGAUUUAUGAGAAGACAAAUGCUGCAAAGGAGCCAGACGGCGAGGACGAGCAGGUUUGCUGCGAGGCUUUGGAAGUGAUGACGCUUUGUUUCGCCCUAAUGCCCACUGCUUUAGACACCCUGAGUAAAGAGAAGGCCUGGCAAACCUUCAUCAUUGACUUGCUGCUUCACUGCCACAGCAGAUCGGUGCGUCAGAUGGCCCAGGAACAGUUUUUCUUGAUGGCAACCCGAUGCUGUAUGGGCCAUCGUCCCCUGCUCUUCUUCAUCACCCUCCUCUUCACUGUGCUUGGGACCACUGCCAAGGAGCGAGCCAAACAUGCGGGUGACUACUUCACGUUGCUCAGGCAUCUCCUCAACUAUGCCUACAACAGCAACAUCAACCUGCCAAACGCUGAGGUGCUGCUCAACAAUGAGAUCGAUUGGCUGAAGCGAAUACGAGAUGAGGUUAAAAGGACGGGAGAGACGGGUGUGGAGGAGACGAUUCUCGAAGGCCACCUUGGGGUCACAAAGGAGCUUCUUGCCUUCCAGACACCUGAGAAGAAGUAUUACAUAGGAUGUGAGAAGGGCGGAGCAAAUCUCAUCAAGGAGUUGAUUGACGACUUCAUCUUCCCAGCGUCAAAUGUUUACAUUCAGUACAUGAAAAGUGGGGAGUUCCCGACUGAGCAGGCCAUACCCGUGUGUAGUACCCCGGCUUCCAUCAACGCUGGCUUUGAGCUCUUGGUUGCGCUGGCUGUGGGCUGCGUCCGGAAUCUCAAGCAGAUAGUGGACAUUCUCACAGACAUGUACUAUUUAGGCUGUGAAACAUUGACGGAGUGGGAGUACCUGCCGCCUGUCGGUCCACGACCGAACAAAGGUUUCGUUGGUCUGAAGAACGCUGGUGCCACAUGCUACAUGAACUCAGUCAUUCAGCAGCUGUACAUGAUUCCCCCGAUCCGAAACGGCAUCCUGGCAAUCGAAGGCACUGGCACAGAUGUGGAUGAUGACAUGUCAGGGGAUGAGAAGCAGGAGAAUGAGAGUAAUGUUGAUCCUCGAGAUGAAGUCUUCAGCUAUCAUCACCAAUUUGAUGAUAAGCUGGCUGGUAAGUCUGAGGACAGGAAAGAGUACAACAUCGGGGUGCUGCGGCACCUGCAGGUCAUCUUCGGGCAUCUGGCUGCCUCCAGACUGCAGUACUACGUCCCAAGGGGAUUCUGGAAACAGUUCAGGUUAUGGGGUGAGCCUGUCAACCUGAGGGAGCAACAUGAUGCUUUGGAGUUCUUCAAUUCUUUGGUGGACAGUCUGGAUGAAGCUCUGAAAGCUCUCGGCCACCCGGCGAUGCUCAGCAAGGUGCUGGGGGGGUCAUUUGCUGACCAGAAGAUCUGCCAGGGAUGCCCUCACAGAUACGAGUGUGAGGAGUCAUUUACAGCUCUUAAUGUGGACAUCCGAAACCACCAGAACCUGUUGGACUCCAUGGAGCAGUAUGUCAAAGGAGAUUUGUUAGAAGGGGCAAACGCCUACCACUGUGAGAAGUGUAACAAGAAGGUGGACACGGUGAAGCGACUGCUGAUUAAGAAGCUUCCACCGGUCCUUGCCAUCCAACUGAAGCGCUUCGACUAUGACUGGGAGCGGGAGUGUGCCAUCAAGUUCAAUGACUACUUUGAAUUCCCUCGAGAGCUGGACAUGGAGCCGUACACUGUAGCUGGUGUGGCUAAGCUUGAGGGGGACGAUGUCAACCCGGAGAACCAGGUGAUCCAACAGAAUGAGCCCUCUGAACCAACGCCUCCUUGCAGCUCCAAGUACCGUCUGGUUGGAGUGCUGGUCCACUCAGGCCAGGCCAGCGGUGGACACUAUUACUCGUACAUCAUCCAAAGGAACGGCGGAGAUGGCGAGAAGAACCGCUGGUAUAAGUUUGACGACGGCGACGUGACGGAGUGCAAGAUGGACGACGAGGAGGAGAUGAAGAACCAGUGCUUCGGAGGGGAGUACAUGGGCGAGGUGUUCGAUCACAUGAUGAAGAGGAUGUCAUACCGGAGACAGAAACGCUGGUGGAAUGCCUACAUCCUCUUUUACGAGCGUAUGGACUCGUUAGACAAGGACAGUGAGCUUGUCAAAUAUAUCUCGGAGUUGACCGUCUCCAACACGAAGCCGCAUCAGGUCAAGAUGCCUGGUGUCAUCGAGUGCAGCGUCCGCAAGCAGAACGUCCAAUUCAUGCACAACCGAAUGCAAUACAGCCUGGAAUAUUUCCAGUUCAUUAAGAAACUUCUGACCUGUAACAGUGUCUAUUUAAACCCCCCUUCAGGACAAGAACACCUUCUGCCAGAGGCGGAAGAGAUUGCUAUGAUAAGUGCUCAGCUGGCUGCUCGGUUCUUAUUCAGCACCGGUUUUCACACAAAGAAAGUAGUACGGGGUCCUGCCAGUGACUGGUACGACGCCCUCUGCAUCCUGCUGAGACACAGUAAGAAUGUACGCUAUUGGUUUGCACACAACGUUUUGUUUGCGUACCCCAACCGCUUCUCCGAGUACCUGCUCGAAUGCCCGAGCGCUGAGGUCAGAGGCGCAUUUUCCAAGCUCAUAGUCUUCAUCGCUCACUUCUCCCUGCAAGACGGACCCUGCCCCUCCCCGACUGCCUCACCUGGAUCUACAGCUCAGCAGGGCUGUGAUAACCUCAGUCUUAGCGACCACCUUUUGAGAGCUGUGCUCCACUUGCUCAGACGGGAGGUUUCCGAACACGGCCGUCACCUGCAGCAGUACUUCAACCUUUUUGUCAUGUAUGCCAAUCUGGGCCUGGCAGAGAAGACCCAGCUGCUAAAGCUCAAUGUCCCUGCCACGUUCAUGAUGGUAGCACUGGACGAGGGUCCAGGACCUCCCAUCAAGUACCAGUACGCUGAGCUGGGCAAGCUCUACACGGUGGUUUCCCAACUGGUCCGCUGCUGCGAUGUGUCGUCACGCAUGCAGUCCUCCAUCAACGGGAACCCCCCACUCCCAAACCCCUAUGGGGAUCCCAACCUCACUGCCCCAGUGAUGCCGCUGCAGCAGGUGGUCGCGGAGCUCCUCUUCGUGAGGACCAGCUACGUGAAGAAGAUCAUCGAGGACUGCAGCAACUCUGAGGAGACGGUUAAGUUGGUUCGAUUCAACUGCUGGGAGAACCCUCAGUUCUCCUCCACUGUGCUCAGCGAGCUGCUCUGGCAGGUUGCGUACUCUUACACCUAUGAACUGAGGCCUUACCUGGACUUGCUGCUACAGAUCCUUCUCAUUGAGGACUCUUGGCAGACUCACAGGAUCCACAACGUACUGAAGGGAAUCCCCGACGACAGAGACGGUCUUUUUGAUACCAUCCAGCGCUCCAAGAACCACUACCAGAAACGCGCCUACCAGUGUAUUAAAUGCAUGGUGGCGCUCUUUACUAACUGCUCGGUGGCCUACCAGAUCUUGCAGAGUAACGGUGACCUGAAGCGGAAGUGGACCUGGGCCGUGGAGUGGCUGGGCGACGAGCUGGAGCGGCGGCCCUACACGGGGAAUCCCCAGUACACCUACAAUAACUGGUCUCCUCCAGUCCAAAGCAACGAAACCUCCAACGGCUACUUCCUGGAGCGCUCGCACAGCGCACGGAUGACGCUGGCCAAGGCCUGCGAACUGUGUCCCGAGGAGCUCAAGUGUACUCAGGGAAGCCCAGGGAAGGAGCCAGAUGAGCAAGAAGCACCUGAUGACCAGGAUUCUUCCCCCCCAGAGGACACGUCUCUGUACCCACAUUCUCCUGGAACCGCUCAGUUUCAGCAGAACAACCAUCCUCACGGGCAGCCGUACACGGGCCCCGCUGCCCAGCACAUGAACAACCCUCAGCGUCCUGGCCCCGCCUCUGCUCCGACCCCUGGACCCACACAGACCCCCGUGCCGGGCCCCGGUCCCAGUCCUGGCCCAGGCUCGCGCGCACAAGAGAACUGGGAGCGCACAGAGGAGGUGGCCCCUGCUCCGACUUCCACCCCAGCUCCUGCCCUGCCUGAGGAGUAGCCCCCGUCCCCUCCUCCCACUGCUGUGCCUCGAGCCUCCAACGUCCUGCGCUCCUCCUUCUCAUCCUUCAGUGUCUCCUUCCGCUCACCGGUCCCAGGACAGGGCAGAGCCUAGCCUCCCCAAUACCUCCACGGGCCGCUUCCAUCUCCUGCUCUUCCUUGGCCUGGGGCUGCCUGAUCACACAGGACAGGAGCCCGUUGGCGGCUGCAGAGGCGAGAGAGCGGACAAAGCAAAAGAAAUGUACCCAGAGCUGACGGCGGGGAACGGUGUACAUAGUCUGUUAACGUCUCUUGACUGUUGGUCCUCCAGUAGCAGCCGCGCAGGGUUGGCUCCUGGGAGACGAAACCUGAUCAUAAAAAUGGAUAUUAUAAAUAAUAUGGGGGAAAAAAAAUUGCGCCCUGAAAAAAAACUGUUAAGAUGACAAGAGGUCCUCUUUGUUUUAUCACACCUUUUUCUGCAGUCCAGUUCGUUCCAACACCAGACAGUUCCGGUCAUUCAACUGUAGAAGGCUGUUGUUCUCAUUCUUCUUCUCCUCCUCCUCCUCUGCUUUGACCCCUCUGCCAGAUCGACACGCGCUGUGGCUGGUUUUAGUGUGAGAUUCGAGAUGACUGGGUGGACUUUUACGGUGAUUGAUGUGAAAACGCAGUGGUGCAACAUUGUUCUGAAACUCAUUGCCUUUAAUUCUUUUGUUUCCUAUUGUUUUUUUUUGUUCUCCAGUUGAGCAGUUCAGAUCCUGUUUUUGUUAUUUUUUUUUCUUUCUUCUCUGGAGCUCUAGUUAACAAGCUGUAACAUUUAGCAUGGCUUCCACCACAGUAGUGUAGCCCCCCCUCUCCCUCCUCCUCCCCCCUUCUACCGCCCUCCCGGGAGCGCCUUCUUUAAGAAGCGACACAUCUCUUCAGUUGAUCAGUAACAAGGGGCAAUACUUUGAGGCGAUGUAAGAAUAAGUGGCUUUUCCAUAUUUAUCCUCAGACUUCACUUUAUUGGGCAGUUUUUUUUGUUUUUUUUUUUACGGUGGGUUAGACGGCUCUUUCAUCAUUAGGAGUCCCGAAAAGUAAACGUAUGCAACGGGAUUGCUGCGCCAGCUCCUUUUGGUGUCAUUGCUUGGGUCUCUUCCCUAGAGAUGUUUUUUCCCCCCCAGGGUGCCAUCGGGCCUCUGGAUCUGAUCCCACAGCAGCAUCUGGUCUAGUCCACUCUGUAGGAGUAAAACAUCGGUAAAUACUGUAUUUAAUUGGUAACUUGAAUGCGUGUAUUUCUUUUUUUCUUUUGCCUAAAACAAACCAAAUACUCCUGCAAAUGAAAAUAUUCUGCCCACCGUAUUAUAUUUAAAUAUUUUUGCUCUUAUUUUAUAGAAUUUAUUUUGUUGUAUUUCACUAAAAAAAUAGAAUUUGAUUUAAGAGGAACAUUUUGUCCUUGUUGUUAUUUUUAAAGAAGAUAUUGACUGUACAGAGUUCUUGCGCCCUGUUUUUUGCCGACUUUUGUUUUGGCCAUGGUGUGACGUUGAAUUCUGGAGCUGCAGUCGCGAUGUGGACUUUCACUUUGUGAGGUUUUUUUGUGCACAGAAAUAUAACAAAAAAGCGUUGCGCCCUUAGCAAAUAAAGAACAUGGAAUCUUGUCUGGUGUGUCUUCUCUUUGCCAGUUCUGCUUUCAUGUCUGGGGUCAGGUGUUUUUGGGCCGACCACAUCAGACCAAACGAACCAUGCUUUUUCCCGGGACUUCAACCCACAUGCAGAGUUUUUUUUUAGUCA